UAGACUAUUUGACCGUUUUCGUUACCGGUAGCUUGUAUAAUAAACUUUUGAAAAAUAAGUUCGAUAUAAGUUUAUUUAAAUCUUUGAUUUUGUUUUGCACAGAUCAUUGAUUAAUUGCAGUAUAUAGUGUUAUACGACCGUGCUUAUUGCUUACGAAUGUUUCAUGAAACUAGCUGGCGCCUUUUAUCAUAAACGUGAAAAUUGUUAAAAACAUUAAUAUUUCUAACCGUGAAAAUAAAUUAACCAAAAUGUUAGUGUUAUUUGAAACUCCCGCGGGAUAUGCAAUUUUCAAGUUACUUGAUGAGGAUAAGUUAACAGAAGUAGAAAAUCUUUAUCAUGAUUUUGAAACACCUGAAGCAGCUAGUAAGAUAGUGAAGUUGAAACACUUUGAAAAGUUUGCGGACACUACUGAGGCUCUUGUAGCUACAACUGCAGCAGUAGAGGGUAAACUGUGCAAAGCAUUGAAGAAAAUUCUUAAAAAACAUUGUAAUGAACUUCAAGAACAACUAGCUGUGGCCGACGCUAAGCUAGGUAAUGCUAUAAAGGAUAAACUGAGUUUAUCUUGUGUCAGUAAUACUGCUAUACAAGAAUUAAUGAGAUGUAUAAGAAGCCAGAUGGAUAGUUUAUUGUCAGGUUUACAUAAAAAAGAAAUAACGGCAAUGGCAUUAGGUUUAGCACAUAGCCUUUCUAGGUACAAAUUGAAAUUUUCACCCGAUAAAGUUGAUACAAUGAUAAUACAAGCUGUUUGUUUGUUAGAUGAUUUAGACAAAGAAUUAAAUAACUAUGUUAUGCGUUGUCGUGAAUGGUAUGGCUGGCACUUUCCAGAACUUGGAAAGAUUAUUAUAGAUAAUAUAACAUUUGUUAAAACAGUAAAAGUAAUUGGAACAAGAGAAAAUACUAUAAAUUCAGAUUUAUCUGAUAUAUUAUCAGAAGAUGUAGAAGAAAAAGUAAAGGAGGCUGCAGAGAUAUCCAUGGGAACGGAAAUCUCUGAAGACGAUAUUUUAAAUAUUCGACAUUUAUGUGAUCAAAUAGUUGAAAUUUCUCAAUAUAGAACACAACUAUAUGAUUAUCUUAAAGCAAGAAUGAUGGCAAUGGCGCCAAAUUUAACUAUUCUUGUCGGAGAGUUAGUGGGAGCUCGUCUAAUCUCACAUGCUGGAUCACUUAUUAAUCUCGCUAAGCAUCCAGCAUCUACCGUUCAAAUACUAGGUGCUGAAAAAGCUCUCUUUAGAGCAUUAAAAUCCAAAAAGGAUACUCCGAAAUAUGGUUUAAUUUAUCACGCACAACUUGUUGGGCAAUCUUCAACAAAAAAUAAGGGAAAGAUGUCCAGAAUGUUAGCUGCUAAAGCUUCAUUAGCAACUAGAGUAGAUGCAUUAGGAGAAGAUGGCAGCUUUAAUCUUGGUGCUGAACAUAAAGCUAAAUUGGAAGCACGUUUGAGGAUUUUAGAAGAAGGGAAUUUUCGUAGAAUUAGCGGCACAGGCAAAGCAAAAGCAAAAUUUGAGAAAUAUUACACUAAAAGUGAAUAUAUUCAGUAUUCUGUUAAUGAAGAUAUAACUCUUCAACAUGGAAAAAGAAAACAUUCUGAAAUUGAAGAUAAAGAAACGCUAAUCGAAGAAAUUACAAAGCCAGUUGAAGAAAUUACAAAGUCAGAUGAAGAAAUGCCUAAGAAAAAGAAAAAGAAGGAAGUUAGUGACAGUGUAGAUGAAUCAGUAACUCAGGAAGUAGCUCAGUCAGACGAAGUUCUGACAAAGAGAAAGAAGAAAAAAAGGAAAGUACAGGAUAUAGAAGAUAAUAUUGAAUCAAAAUUUAAAUGUGAAGAAGAAGGAAAGAAAGCAGUAGAAAAUAUUCCUGGGAUAUCAGGGGAGCCAAUAAAGAAGAAAAAGAAGAAAAAGGAUAAGGAUCAGGAGAUUGGAGAGAUUACAUUCACAAAUGAAGAAACAAGUGAAAAAGUUAUGAGAGAAAAAAGGAAAAAAAAGAAAAAGAAAUCUGAAGAUGAAUGAAAUUUUUCCAACAUAUGUAAUUUGAAAAAAUAAUUUUUUAAAAAUAUGACUAUUCAUUAUCGAUUGUAAACUUAUAUAUAAUUAAAAAAUUAAUUUUCUUUAAAUAUACAUAUAUCAUAUUAUAUUUUUAUAAUAGAAUUCAAUUCUAUAUUUUUAUAAUAGAAUUCAAUUCUAUAUUUUUAAAUAUAAACAAUAUAAUCAUACAAUUUGAAGAUAAGUGUAUAAAAAUAAUUGUGAGUCUAAGAUGUAUUAUUAAAAUACCAGGUAUGUAAAUAUGAAACCGGAAAUUUUGUAUAGAAAAUACACGUUUAUUGUAUGAAAAUGAUUAAAAAUAUUUUAUUCGAAGUAUUGCCCAUCGCUAGCUAUACAUUUUUCCCACCUGUCUGGCAAUUGGUGGAUGCCACGCCAAAGAGACUGUCGCAAACCAGUCAACUAGCCAUUUUCGUAUAUUUUUAUAUAUCUUAUCUUUUAUAUAUCCAUAUCGUAUAUUUUAUGUCCGGCUUUAGUGUCUUGUUCAUUUUUAUAUAUCUUUUCUAAUACGAUACAUGUCUUAAAACAUCAUUGACAUUUACUCAUUGUUAUCUAUUUCUUUUAAUAACACCCUUUGAAAUUUAAAUUUUGUAAAUUCAUAAUUCUGCAUGUAUGUAUUAUCUGAUUCCAAAAUUCUUCAAUAGUAUUAAUGGAUGUUUCAUAAAAAAUUAAUUAUGAAUAUCUCUAUAAAUAAUUUAUAAAAAUUUGUAUAAUAAUUGUUGUACUGAUGCAUUUAAAAUAAAUUUAAUGAUAAUACGGUUACAUGUAAUGAAUCAGAAGUGGAAUCUAUAACAAGUGUAUUUACUGUUUAUAUUCAACUAUAAGAUAUCAUUGAAAUUUGUUUGCGUUUAAUUUAGACGUUAAUGAGGAGCUUUUUUUAUAUUUUAGAAUGAUUUUUUAAGCAAAUUAUUGAAAAUAAGCAGUUUUGGGAGAAACGUAACUUCCAAAAAGUGCAGAUGAACACAACUUCUUGUCAAAAACAAGUUUCAGGCUAGUUUUACAUUGCAACUUGUUAUUGAUUCAAGACUGAUCAACAUUUAUUUGGAACAUUUUUUUAUUAGAUUAGAUUUUUUUAUUAGAUAAAACAUCAUGGCAGCCAUAAAUAUAUAUUUAAAUAAUAUGUAUAUUGGGAAGCUCGGAAGAUUCGUCUGGAUGUUUAAAAAAUCCUAUUAAAUUCGAACGUGUAAGAUUCAUGUGUAACGACGUGUAAAUGCGAACGAACUUUUCGAGAGAUCUAAUAUAUGUAAUAUAUAUUUACAUUCUAUAUAUUUAUAGUGUAUACUAAUAGUACAUAUUUGUAAUAUAAAUAUAUAUUUAUAUACCUGGCACCUAUAUAAUUCGAAAAAUAUAUUUCAAAUCGAAAUUUAAAUGGGAAUGAAGCUUUGGAGUAACCUAAUAUCUGCAAUAUAUGUUUACAUUAUUUAUAUUUAUAGCGUGUACUUAUAGUACAUAUUUGUGAUAUAAAUAUAUAUGCAUAUAUAUGCAUAUAUAUAUAUAUACAAUAAUACUUUUCGACAUUUCUUUGUAUUGAGUUUAACGGAAGAAAAUUCUGCAUCUGAAUUCAUAUAGUAUGCCAUUUAAUGCUCUUAAAAGAUUGUUUCAUAACGUUGUCGAGGCGAAGAUAUUUUACGUUACUUAUUAUAGAUGGAUGUAAAAGCCAUGUGUGUAACGUUACUUAUGUGUUGCUUUACCAUUUACCAAGUAUAAGAAGAACUUCAAUAAGUUGCUUAAAUUGUACUAAUAAUAUCUGUUUCAUUGAAGGAUGUACCUGCGACUAAUAUCUUGUAAUUUUUGUUUACUGUAUUACGUUAUUUUAUUUUGGAAUUGGGGUAAUAUUACAUACAUUAUAUAUUGCAAUAUUACAUACAUUAUUUUACAAUAAUAUUACGAAUUAUUCCACUCAUUAAUAACUUCUAGUGAUUGUGACGGAGCUGCCAUAAGCGUAAAUUACUAUGCCGCUCGAUUACAAAUGACUGUGGUACAAAUCUCGUAAGUGAGAAAACAUGUCUGUGUGUAAAGAACACUUACACAUGGCUAGAACAACUCCACAUGGCUAAAUCUGCGCACUUUUCAUUGUGUGCAAUAUAUCAGCAGCUAGAGACACAAACGUAAGAAGGAUAAGAACAUUGCUUUCCACGUUUAAAUAAAAAUGGAACAACAAGCUCUGUGGCCUAAGUUUAAAGCAGUAGGUACAAAGUCAGCACGUCUAUAUAAACGGUUAUACUUAAAAAUAAUUUUUACUCAUUCUGAGAAAAGAAACACAAGCGCAAGAGCCUAGAGUAGAGAAAUCAAACAUCCAAACGUCUAAAAUUUCACACUCUAAUUUACAUACCAUUUUCCUGAGAUUAAUUGAUGCCGGUCAGCGUCUAUUGCGUAAUUAUAUUAUGUACAUUUCACUUUUAGUUAAAUAUAUGCGAAUUUCAAUGUUAAUUCAAUAAACCAAUAUUAUAGUGAAAA